AUGGAACACGGAAAUAUUUUAGACGGAGUAUUAAAAUUAUUGAAUGGAUUAAAUAAUGAUCCGAUCAAGCGGGCUAAUAUCAUUGAGUAUGUACAAAUGAGAUGUGCAAUUGCUGUUUUUGCUUAUGGAUCAUUAAUUUGGAAUCCGUUUGACUGUGUCAAAGAGAUCAUUCCAGAUUGUACAUUGACUGGUUAUACUAAAGGAUUUUUCUGUCAGGACUUUAUCUAUCGCGGUACAAGAGAUUCUACGGGUAUAACAAUGGGCUUGAAGCCAUGUAAAAAUGCAUUUGUUAAAGGCUAUUUAUUGAUGUCUGAUGCUGAUGAAAUCGUAUCAUUUAUUGAAGCUUUCAUCAAACGUGAAACUCCGACUGAUGUCAAUGGUAUCAUGGACAUUUACACAUAUGAUUUUCUACCUGUACUAAUGCCCAAUGGACAUACUGUAGAAUGGGCACUAACUUGUGUUGUUAAUUGUUCUAGCCAAUUCUAUAUAAAUACUGUUCUUUCAAUUGAACAACAAGCAGAAAUCAUUGGUCUAUCUUAUGGUAUCAAUGGAACGAACUUUCAAUAUUUGCAUAACACCUUAAAUAUCUAUCGAACGUUGGCUUUAUGUGAUACAUUUACAGAAGAAAUGGAACAAUUAUAUGCAGCUGUUCUACUUUAUCGGCAAAAAUUAACUAAACAAGAUCGUCAUUGGCUCGAUAUGUUUGAUCAAUUGUCGACGAAAAUUGAGCGACAGCUAGCAAUUCAAUUAAGAGAGACAAAGAAUAUCCGACAGAUAUCACGAAAAUUGUUCAGUAGAAUGUAUUCAGUAGAACCUACUACUAUUCCAAAAUAUCAACGAAUGUUAUCCGUAUAA